UUUUUAAUAACCCGCCUCGAGAUAAUGAUGCAAAAAGACUCGUGCGUCUCGUGCGUAACGAGGACCGUCGUGGAGAUCCGGCGAAGGUGAAUCAGAGACACAGAAAGGAGGAGAGAGAGGGAGAGAGAGGCAGGAGAGAGCAGCACUUAUUACACGAGUCUCCUCCUCGUCUCCACACCUCAGCUGACAAGUGUGGCGAGCCUGCAACUUCACCACCGACACACAACCAAACUCGUAAAGGACAAACGCGAGAAGAAACUCAGAGACGCGUAAAGAGUUUCCAGAAGCGACCGCUGCCUGCACAACAACGCGGAAUCCACGAGGGUUAUGGACAGAAGGAUGAACUUGAACGGCAGCCCAGGGGACAUUUUUCACAAAACUCUCAGCGCCGUGUCCACUAAAAAAAUGGACUCUUUCAGGUCGUCGGCAGGCAUUGAACUACCAGCCAGAGACCGCCAGUCACCGAUCAGCUGCUUUGACCAGAACGAUCCAGACCCGAUUCAGCCGGGUGGACUGGCAGGAGGUAGAGGGGGGCCACUGGGUCUGCCGACCGGAUCUUUGUGCAUCAAUUUCAGUGAGAACGCCAACAGGACCUCGGUGGCGGAGAGCAGCGGCGGAGAGCAGAGUCCCGACGAUGACAGCGACGGCAGGUGUGACAUGGUCCUUCGGACGGUCGGGGCGUCGAAAGGAGAAGGAGGUAAGAAAACCAAAGAGCAGAAAAUACUGAGGCUAAACAUCAAUGCCCGAGAAAGACGACGGAUGCACGAUCUGAACGACGCGCUGGAUGAGCUCAGAGCGGUCAUCCCUUACGCGCACAGCCCGUCAGUGCGGAAACUCUCCAAAAUUGCCACUUUGCUGCUCGCAAAAAAUUACAUCCUCAUGCAGGCUCAGGCGCUGGAUGAGAUGAGGAGGCUAGUGGCGUAUCUCAACCAGGGCCAGGCCAUCUCUGCUGCCUCGAUACCGGCCACCACUGCCCUCGCAGCUCCGGGCUUGAGCGCAUACGAGCAGCCGCCUGGAUAUCCCCCCUUCCCGACCGGAGUGGCUGCGUCUUCCUGCCCCGACAAAUGUGCCCUAUUCAACAACGCCACCUCCAGCCUCUGCAAACAGUGCACUGACAAGCCUUAACUGCGGCUCACAGAGACUCUCAGAGAAGCACAUGAGACAAGAGACACCACUUUUAAGAACACUUUCGGAGGUGGGGGGGAGGGAGGACCUGUGAGGCCACUGUUGUUGAAGUCUGCAGGCUAGAGACAAAGAAGUAAUGCCGAUGAAUACUUUUAUAAUAUUUACUAAAUGCAUUCGAAACGCGCUUUUCUUUUCUUUUUUUUUUUGUUCAAACAAUACUUGAUUGUGUAUAUAAACCAUCCUUGAAGUGCUGGUAUGAAUGACAGUGAAGACCAAACAGAAGUACAGUAGGCCCGUGUAAGAGUGGCUGCAAGUGCUGAGUGAGUUUGUGGAUCACUUGCUCUGUGAUGGACCCUUUUGGAGGUUUGGGUGACCUGACAACCUGCGACUGUUUGUUUGUUUUUUGUUGUUUUGUUCACUUGAAUAGAUGGACGUCCUCCCGGAGAGUCAGUCCAGUCUUUCUUUCUGCUGCUUCCUCUUUCAGUUCUCUCUCUCUCUCUCUCUCUGUCUAUCUCUUUAUCUUUAAAUUUUAUUUGCGGGUUUUCUUCCAUUCACUUCAAAGACAUUUGCUGACUGGUUCGACGCCUGUUUUUCGUGAACUUUUCUGCUGAGCACGUGGAAUGUCAUGAACAAUGAAAAGUUAAAUAGUUAAACAGACGACGAGUCAGAUAUUUAUGUGCUAAUCUAGACACUUGUUAAUAGUGACGAACGCCUGUUAUAAA